AUGACGCUCGAAACGACCCCUGCGCCGGCCUUCAGCUCCAAGAGGGCACUGUACGACUGGCUGGUGAAGCAGGUGGAGGCUUUGGUGCAUGAUAUGAGCAAGCGCUUCACUCCGCAGGCGAACUUGGUCAUUGGUCUCAGCAACGUCGCUGCACUCUGCUUUUACGAGCUGAACCGGUUCUGCAACCCAGAAGCGGCGCUGGAGAAGCUCAAGGUCAACUGGUUCGGCUUCUACCUCUUUCAAGCACCUGGGCUGCUCGCUCUCGGGCCCUUCCAAGGCCGUCCCGCCUGCACAGAGAUUCCCGUUGGAAAAGGCGUCUGCGGCACUGUCGCGGAGAGCGGCGAGUCGCUGGUGGUGCAGAACGUGCACGAGUUCCCCGGCCACAUCGCGUGCGACUCGGCGUCGAAGUCGGAGAUUGCCGUGCCUGUGCUGAUUGAGAAUGGAAGCGUCGUCGCCGUGAUCGACGUGGACAGCACGGAGCUGGGCCACUUUUCGGUGGAGGACAAGGAGGGCCUGGAGCGCAUGGCUGCAGUGCUCGUGCAGCACCUCGACUUUCCCAUGGCACGAGCUCUGGCAGUGAACCCGGCGCUUGGGCUACCUGGCUACUCUGCACUGGCCGGUGGCGAGAAGGCGUUGCAGCCGCACGGCGACGCCGAGGCGGCCCCGCAGGCUGCACCCGUGACCACCAUCACAACAGCGGCAACCACCACGGCUGUGACGCGCAUUCCUUUCUUUAAGGUGGAGAUGAAGCAGCCGGACGUCACCACUAAAUGUGUGGGCGGGUGGCAGUUCACUCGCACAAAUCUCGACCGCAUCAUGACGCAGGACGAGGCAAAGCACCUGCAGGACUCGCUCGGGAUCUCGGCGCUGCCGGAGAUUGCCUUCCAGGGCAAGACGCUCUCGGUGAGCCCAGAGGCUGAUCGGGAGCACCCCUGGCUGCACUUCGGCGUCGAGGCGCUCAUGUGCAGCGCUUCCGAGUACUACCAGACGGAGGAGUUUAAGACACUGGUAGACCCGCAGCUCCGCAUCCCAGUUUCGGCGGGCUGGGAGUCGUUCCACUUCGAGAAGUACGACCCAAAGGUGGACUGGGCGUGGCGCAACAACUUCUGCGGGCUCGUCCCUGAGGGAGGGCGCCUCGUGGAGCGCCCAAGAGACGCCGCGGAUGCACUUGGAAUCAACUGGGACAUCUUGAAAGACACAAGCCUCCCGAUUCUCUUCUACGGCGAUUUCGACAUGAUGGAGGACGACCUGCACGAUCACGGCAUGGUGACGAGCAGCGUCAAGUACCGCGUCAUGAGCUCCGCUUUCUUUGUUCUCUUCCGCCACUUUGUGCGCGUCGACAACCAUGAAAUUUGGAUGCGUGAGGUGCGUGUCUUUCACGAGUUUGGGAAGACUCGCUCGCCGUCUGGACUGCCGCACAUCGUCUUUCUGGAGCAACUGCGUCACGUGCGCAUUGCGGAGCCGGUGGAAGGCGUCGACUGGAAGUCCAUGUCCCCCGACGCCAUCUCUGCCAAGGCCACGGUCCUUCUUUCGCGUGAGUGGAUGCUGGAAAGGGCAGCGACGGCAUAG